AGAUUUGCGUUGUGUAGUUUGAAAUCUUUACUGAGCAAUUUGUUACUAUGGCACCUAGAACGGGCACCGUGAUAUACGCGCACUGCUGUGCAGCGACGUCAACUAUUACUGAAGUAAAACGAUCCAACUUUUUAAGGAGAGCAAAUAAACAAGACACGCUACCCGCAUCAUCUAAUUAUUACAAGACCUCAGCUUCAAAAGCAAAGAUCUUAAACUUAAUCAAAGAAAAGAUUGCGGACGGUGAGAUCUCAUCGGAGGAAGAUCAAGACAACGUGGAAGACAUCAACUCGAAGAAGAUGGAACUUGUGUUAAGCAUCAAGACAAAGCUGGAUGAACUUGACAGCAUGAAAGAUUUACUUCAAGUUGAAAUGCGCGAGAAUGAAAGCUUGGGAGGACAGGUCCUUAAGAGUGUACAGGAUGUUUGCACGGAUCGUGAAGAAGAAAAAUACAACAGCUUUGUUCAUGAUGUUGAUAUGAUCAUCAAUCUGCUUCUCUCGCUGUCAGGGAGGAUGGCGCGCGUGGAGAAUACGAUACAGAUGUUACAUCCGGGAGGACAGGAGCGCGAAAUGAAACUUCUUUUGCUGAAGCGAAACCAAUUAUCAGCUCAAUUAGAAGACGCUCAACAAUUGAGACAAUACAUAAACAGAAGGAGUGUUGCAUUCACACGACUGUUACGAUUAAAGCUAACACACGAACAGUUUGCGGAUUACGAACAUUACAUCAAGAUGAAGUCGGCACUUAUAAUGGAGCAAAGGGAACUUGAUGAUAAAGCGAAGUUAGGCGACGAACAGAUGCAUGAUUUGAUGGAGAGUUUACCUGACGACUUGCAACAGAAACUACAAUCGCUUAUGAACGAAUGAGAAACAAAUUGUGAGACCGGAGCGACUACAACCCGAGCUAGAAAUUGAAGGAGAGAAGAAAUCUUUUAAAGGAGUUUUCGAAGCGAAGCAGCGGGGCAUGACGGGGAAUGAGAUGGAAGGAAAAACAAACUAUUUAUUUUUCGUUAUUUCUUGUGUUUUUUGUUUAUUUCUUUCGUGUUAAAUAAAAUGACAUUCU